UGUUCUGCCUCUCAGAAUGAGAGGGGUUCUUCUUCAGUCUGCAGAGAUGAGUCUCAUGGACAUCAGUAAAAUAUUUUCUCUUCUGCAACAACCUGAUGAGGAAGAAGAUGCUGGCGAGAAGGAGGAGCUGAAUCAAAUGAUCUGUAACAACGACGCCAGGAGCCUAGACCACCUUCUCCACCAGGAUCGCUACAAGCGCUACAUCAACACCCGAAGUGGCUGGGGAGUGCCGGGCACCCCGCUGCGCCUGGCCGCCUCUCAAGGCCACCUCAGCUGCCUGGAAGUUCUGCUGGCCCACGGGGCAGAAGUGGACAGCCUGGAUGUCAAAGCUCAGACGCCGCUGUUCACCGCCGUCAGCCACGGGCACCUGGACUGCGUUCGGGUCCUGCUGGACGCCGGCGCCAGUCCCGGGGGCAGCAUCUACAACAACAGCUCCCCCGUCCUCACAGCCGCUCGAGACGGUGCCAUCGGCAUUCUGAGGGAGCUCCUGGGCCACGGAGCGGAGGCCAACGUCAAGGCGAGGUCGCCGGAGUGGGCGUCCAACAUCCCGUCCUGCUCCGGGCCCCUCUACCUGUCCGCCGUCUACGGCCACCUGGAGUGCUUCCGCCUCCUCCUUUUGUACGGGGCCGACCCAGACUACAACUGCACUGACAGACAGCUCCUGGCACGGAUACCAAAGCCAAGAACACUGCUCGAGUUCUGCCUGCAACACAAUUGCCCCCUGGAGUACAUCCAGCUCCUGGUGGACUUUGGGGCCAAUGUCUACCUGCCUCCUCUCCCCCUGGAGAAGACGGCCUCGGAUGGGGAAGGCGUAGCCCUGCUGCUAAGAGAAAGAGCUCAUCCCAAAUCCCUGAUGUCCCAGGCUCGCCUCUCCGUCCGCAAAGCUCUCCCGUGUUCUUACCAGGUCAGCUUCAUCGACCAACUAGAGAUUCCACCUGUAUUAAUCAAUUACCUCAAGCACCAGUUGUAAGUCGAGAGAGCUGUGUCUGCCCCGGGCCAACAGGACUCCAUCCUGGGCACACUCUUCACCGCCUAGCCACCCGAAAACACCCCACAGCACGCCGUCACCUCCCUGGAGCUAGUCGCACACUUUUUCGUCUUCAAUAAAGGUGCUGAACAAUG